ACAAAAAUGAGCUUUUUGGCCUUAAUUUAAGGUUAAGGCAUAAGGUUAGCAGUGUAGUUAAGUUUCGGUUUAAAAUAUGAUUUAAAGAAGAUACCUUUUAGAAAUAGGCGGAGUUUAGCCAUACUUAAGAUUUUGUGGCUGUGGUAACUAGUCACGACCAGACCGGAGCAGUGCGGGUAAUUGGGAGAUAACAAUAAGCUAAGCAGUAUGAAGGCUUCGCUAAACCUGGUUUGGGCAGUUAUUUUCCUAAAACAGGUUGUCGGGGAAUAUGGCAUGGCCCAUUUCAGAAACAAAGGCCAGAGCAAAGGAAAAGAUUACUGCAUCUUCUUCAACUCCCAGUGGGCUCGUCUACCUCAGCACCUCAACAAAGCAUCCCGUCUCCAGAUCUAUGACCUGACACCGUCAGUCCUGUGUUCCUCGUCGGACGUCCCGGAGGGGGGCUUCCCCAAUCGUAUCCCCAUGGUAAUGAGGGGGAACUGCACUUUCUACGAGAAGGUCCGCCUGGCCCAGCUCAACGGAGCUAAAGGCCUGCUCAUCAUCAGCAAAGACAGACUGACCCUACCGGCAGGAAACAAGACUCAGUAUGAGAAGAUUGACAUCCCUGUGGCGCUGCUCAGCUACACUGACAUGCUGGACAUCAGUAAGACGUUUGGACAGGGCCGAGAGGAGGCCAUGUACGCCCCGAGCGAGCCUGUUCUGGACUACAACAUGGUCAUCAUCUUCCUCAUGGCUGUGGGGACGGUGGCCAUCGGAGGAUACUGGGCCGGCAGCAAGGACAUCAAGAAUUCUGCAACCAAUCAACUGUACGCAAACCCAGGACCACCCAGAGAGGAGCCCCUCACCAAUCCUGAACUACAAGGUCCUGAAGCAGAGUGAGGACCCACUUCAGGACAUACCCCCUCCAGAGGCCAGCAAAUCAGAAUAAAGUAUUUCUAGGAUGCCAA